ACAAUAAAUAAAAAUAAAAAAAAAAUUUUGCAUACGGAACAUAUGCAUGCAAUUUCGCUAAAAAAAGAUAUCUUAAACCGGUUGUCGGCGUCACAAGUAUACACGUGCAGACAAGAAGUAAAAAGUAUUCAGCGCGUACAUAGUUGUAUUUUUCACUGUUGAGUCUGUAUGUAUGUACGCGGCCCUCACCUGAGGGAAAUCCCAGGUUGUGCAGCAUGGGAACGACUAAAAAGUGGGGAUGAGAAUCACAAAAGAGUCGGAGCAGUUGCCGGUAUGAGAUAUGAAGCCCUAUCUAGUUGAGUCGCGUAAGCCGUCUGAGUAAUAGUUUUUGGAAAUUGGUGUUAUUUUAUGAAAAAUUACAGUGCAAUAAAUAAUUAUGAUUAUAAAAUAAUAGAAAAACUUGUUUUCUGAUGUUAAACAAAAGUUAAUAAUGUGAAAACAUACAUACAAACAAACAAGUGACUACGAACUACUUAUGAACCAUUUGUGUAUACAACCUUAAAAAAUUAUUUGAGUAUCAAAAGUUGGUUGUUAUAAAAAAUAAAUAUUCUAUUAAGUAUUAUCAAAUUAAAAAGCUAGAAAAUAAAAUUAAGGGUAUUAAUAAAAGCGUCAAUACCAAUCGUAAUAAUCUGAACCUAUUAUAAAUUGAAAUACUUUGUUAGAAAAACAAUACACAAAAUGACAGUUCGAUUCUAUUCAUCUAAAUAAACAAUUAUAAAAUUCAAUUCAAGUUAUUUUAAAUAAAGUCAAUGAACUAGCUUAUCAAUUAGUUCUUUUGGAAUAAGGAAGAAGAAAACAAUUGGAAAUUUGCAUCGUUUGCAUCGAAGGCCUUGUCUCUAAGUAACAGUAUUUCCGCUGCUGUGGUUGCUUGGAAUAAGCCAUUCUCCUUCAUAGAACGGGACUCACUCUGAACGCGAGUCUGUCGUGCUGUCCGCUCCUACGCCUUGUCUUAUUGUCCUGAUUAUUUUUUACAUAAGUAUAUGUUUAUGCUACCCAUAAUACAAUAAUUGUAUCGCUUGUAUCUCGUAUUCUCUGCUGUCUUAAUUUCAAAUCAAAGCAACUUGGUCAGUUGUGUACAAAUUGGUUCAUUGGAAAACUUACUGUCUGCCUUAGAUGGAAAUCACUCAAGGAUUUGAAACUUACUGUGUAUUGAAGAAUAAGUAUGUUGAGUUAAAGUUAUCAGUUCUAAGUGUAAACAUCAAGACCAUAUGCAGCUAGGGCAGUUUAACUUGACAACUGUCAAUAAGAGAAAAGCGGUAUUCUUAAUCAACUUUCAUCAUAGUAUUUAAAACAGUUAUAAAACACAACAUAAUUUUUAAAAAUUAAGAAUAAAUAGUUAAAAAAGAACUUCUUAAAUUCUCUUACAGGGAAUAUUAAAUGAAAAUAAAAAAGCACCAUUAAAGUAGAAAGUAGUUUAUUACAAAAUAAUCUAACAGUGAAAACAUACGAUUUAAGUAUUUGACGUUGAUUUCGUGCAAAAAUGAAUUCAAAAGUAAGGCAUAGUGGCAAAAAAAUAAAUGCAUUAUCGAAUAGAUUUAUAACUACCUAGUUAUAAUAAUGUUGAUAAAUAAUUGUUUAUGGGUGAUUAUUAUAAAAAAACAGUAUUAAUUAUCAAAGAAAUUUCAUUCAUUAUCAGAAGAUCAUCAUUGGAUUAACGAAAUGAAGACAACGCAAAAAACAUUUAGUUUCGAUGAAGCAUCUAUGGAAAAUACUUCUUUGGCCAUAUUUUCUGGAAGUGAUGAUAAGCCUUAUGACAAAGAAGUAAGCAAUGAAAUUGAAGUCACGUCAUUGGAAGAAGCUAAGUUGAUCAUAGCAGCAUUAAGAGCCCGACAGAGGACACAGACACAUCAAAUGCUAACAUGGAGAAGAACACUUAAAUUACAAGAAGAUAUGGUGAUUCGAUUAAGAAGAGAAAAAGCUGAACAACUGAGGACUUUAUCAUCUCAAUUGUUUUUAUUUGAAUCAAGACUUUGUAGAAAACAGAAGGAAAUUGAAGCUAGUUUAUCUCAAAGAGAAGCUAUUAUCUUGCGACAGCAACGUGUAAUAAGACAACUUCAAAGUAGGCUAGCAGACAAAAGUUCACAAACAAGGGAAUCUCCACCUUGUGAUGCUUUGGAUAGACUAGACAGUCUUGGUGAUAGUGACAGCGCUGUUGUUCUCGAAGAAACGCCAGAUGAUCCUAUUCCUUCGAGGUUUCGGUCCAAUGUAACUGAUGUAACUGUGAUUCGUUCUGUAUCUGAUGCAGUAGAGCCUUCAAAUAAGUAUUUAUCUAUGAGAAGAAGUAAUGGUUUUUUAAGAAGGCCUGAAGUUCUUGAAACAGUUUAUUCUGUUGAAGAAGAUGCUGAUGAUAACAAUCAGGAGCGCUCUGAGUCAAUGGAAAAUUUAGAGAUAGAAGGAAAAAAAGACAAAAGUUCGAAGCAAGGCAAAGGAAGAUUGCAAGAUAUUUAUGGAAGCUUUGAACGGCUUACACAGGAUGGUUUGCCAUCUAUUGAACGACCUAAAGUUGAGAACGCAGGUCAACAAGCUCAGGUGACUUACAACAGGGUUAUGAGUAAUCAUCGGUCAGUUACGAAACCGAAAGAUGUCAAAUAUAAAAGAAUUAAUAAAGCUAAAUCAAAAAGCCUGGAAGAGUUACGAGGAAAACUUAGAAAUUGGGUUGAGAAAGGAAAUAAAAUUGCUAUAUCAUUGGACCAAUCGUAUGCUUAAAAAUAAUUAUAAGCAUAGAUUAUUACUUAUAAAAAAGUUUACGCUUAUGACUGAUUCAAAUAAUAUUUUUUAAUAACUUCUGAAAUAUUGCUCGAAUUUGGUAUGAAAGAUGAAACAGAUAUUAUAAUAUCUAAUAAUACUAGAUGGUUACGAAAAUGCAUCUAAUUUUACUGUAAUAACUUGAUAUAUCGAAUUAUUCAAUUUCGUAUUAAAAAAGUAUUGAUUAUUAUAAAAUUACAUUAAUUAUCCAAAUAAUUCAAUAAUGAAAUUUAGUGCCAAAGUAUUUAAACGUGUUAUUGGAACCGAAUCAAUUUUAUAAAUUAUUUAAUUUGAGAUAGAUGAAACUAUAGUUUUAGAGAAAAUAAAAUUCAUAAUAUAAAAUUAUUUAUUUUACUUCUAGUUUCAAACUCUAUCAUUUUUAUGGGUCAGUUCUUAAUUAUAUUUUUGAUAACAGUUAUCUCGUCUACCGCCGUGUUUUCUAUAACUUUGUUUCCAGAAGUUUCAGACUCGUUGCAGUCACAGUUUUAAAGACUACUGUAUUCAUUUUUUACAAUUACAUUAAUUUUUUGUUAAUCGAAUGAAAGCUGCAUACAUAUUUGAUACUUUACAUGAAAGAAAUUUGAAAGCUUAUGCUUCGGGUUGUGAAUAGAUACUCAUUUGAUAUUUAAAUGAAUCGAGAUAAAUUAUAUUUUUGUGAUCAAAAAUAUUGUAAGAAAAACAAUCAUUUGUUUAUUAUUAGUUAUAUUUUAUAAUAAGUAAUAUUAUUCAAAUUCUGAAAUUAUUAAUUGUAUUUAAUAAAAUUAAAAAACUGAGAUUAGUUAACGACUAACGUAUAAAAUUCCGAUAAAAAGACUAAUGUAAGCAUAUAUUAAACAAGGCUAAAUUAAAGGCCUAUUUGAAAGAUCUCUCAUUUAAUAUGAUUAAGUAUUUAAAUAUGUCAAUCACCAAUUAUAUAUUAUUCGUAACCUGUGUAUAAUAGGAUGAGUAAAUUAAGAGCGAAAUUGAUAAAUACUUUAAUAUUUUAUAAUAGUGGCAUUUUAAGAUUUUCUAUCGCUCAUCUAAACAAUAUCAAAAUAAAUAGUUUAUGCUUUUUUCCAUAUAUUUUUGUAAACUGCGGAAAAACCUUUGUAAGUCAAGUUAUAUAUAAUUUUUCAUAGCAAAGAUUACAAGUUAAUCUUUUCCAAACUUAUUUAAAAAUCGCAUAUUGUUAUCAUGAAUGUUUUUGCAAGACGUAAAAACUUUGAUGAAAAUCUUGUACAGAAUUAAGCGAAUUGUUAAAAUAGUCUUAGCGAUUAAUAAAUACAUAAGUAUCUGUAAAAUUUGAUUGUUAAGAGCAUUGUUUUAUUGCGAAUUUAUCUAGAGAAGUGAGUUUAGUUUUUUUAAUUUAUCGCUUGCUUAUUAA